AUGUCGAAGAAAGAAAAUGUGGUCAACACCGGGUCAUCUCCUGUGGACUACGCAGCAAUAGUCGCGUCCUGGUCCCCCGAGGAGAGGUCUGAGAGGGAGAAGAAGUUUGUCCGAAAGAUCGAUUGGAGAUUACUGCCGAUUUUGAUCAUUGUGUACAUCACGAACUACAUCGACAGGAAUGCUGUUCCCCACGCCAGAGUUCAGGGCCUCGAGAAGGACCUGAACAUGUCUGGUUAUCAGUACAACAUUGUUCUCUCGGUGACCUUUGUCGGAUACAUCUCCAUGCAAGUGCCCAGCAAUAUGAUCCUUACCAAAGUUCGGCCCAGCUGGUAUCUCUCUGGGUGCAUGGCAGCAUGGGGUAUCGUGAGUGGCCUGUCAGGGGCAGUCCACAAUUUCACCGGUUUGGCUGUCAACAGGUUCUUUCUGGGUGUUACUGAGGCACCCUUCUUCGUUGGUUGUGCUUUCUUAUUCAGUGGAUGGUACACCCGAAAAGAGCUUGGCUUGCGGCUAGGAAUCUUCUACUCCGCCGCGAUGAUUUCGGGCGCCUUUGGAGGUCUUUUCGCCGCCGGCAUCGCCGCUGCUUUUGCAAACAAUCGCCUCGAAUCGUGGCGUUGGCUCUUCAUCAUCGAAGGAAUUGCCACGGUCGUAUUUGCUGCCAUCACCGCAUUCGUAAUUCCUGACUGGCCUAGCACGACAAAGUGGCUUUCUCCCGAAGAAAGAGCGCUCGGUAUCAUGCGAAUUAUCGAAGACGCUGGAGAAGAAGAGGAAGAGAUCAGCACCGGGGCAGCCUUCAAGUUGACAGUCAAAGACUACCGCAUCUGGCUCUGCGUCAUUGGGCAAACCUGUCUUCAAGCCGUGGCCUCUCUCACCAAUUUUUUGCCUACUCUGGUUCAGAACUUUGGCUACAACACUGUGAAUACCCUACUACUGACUUCCCCUCCGUAUCUGGCAACGGUUUUGUUUUGUCUGUUCAACACGUGGUAUUCGGACCGUACUUCGAAGCGAUCGCCUCAUAUUAUGUACCCCUCCAUGGCCGCCGCAGUGGGCAUCAUCAUCACUAUCGCAACCACCAAUAUUGGAGCGCGGUACUUUGCAUUGUUCCUCAUGUUGCCUGGAACCUAUGGCUGCUUCCAGGUUUCCAAUGCAUGGAUGGCGAAUAUUGCCGCCCGCCCACAGAAGAAGAGAGCAAUCGCCUUGGCAGUCAACAACUCCAUCGGUAAUCUGGCUCUCGUGUGGACGCCUUACCUGUAUCCAUCAAGUGCAGGGCCGCGUUAUAUCGUGGCAUGGUCAGUUAAUCUCGCCAUGACGGCUAUCAUCGUUGUCAGCACACUCAUCUUGACGAUAUGCUUGCGGAGGUGUAACAAGCAGAUGGACAACUUGAUAGACGAUGUGACUCUUGAGCAAGCUGGCGUGGACGGCAAGGACCUCAGUACCCACAUUGAGGAACGGAGUGACACGGAUCAUGCAGGAGGACGGCAGAGCAGAUCGCGAGCGACGUGGAAAUAUCAAAUCUAG